AUGGACACCCGGUACAACACUCAAUGGGUCGAGUUCCACAUUCGGGACCGCCUGGAAAGCGGCGAAGUCACAGUGCACCACACUGUCAUUGAAGACGGCGAGUUCUUUAGUCCCGGGAACCGCCGUCAGUCCCUCACUGAAGAGGAGAUCGACGAGAUCGUGAUCCAGUCCGAUGGUAUCGGCGAGAUUAGUGCCGGAGGUCGUCGUGGUAGUGAAGGUCGUCUGGAUCUUUUUCAUGACGAUGCUAAGAUUUGUGAGCUUCAUUGGGAGAAUCGUGGAGGAGAUCAUGUCAACUUGGUUGAGGUGUUGGACAGUUGUGACAAAUAUAGAGUCGAGUGUGGGGGAUGGAGUCCCGAGGCGGGGCCCUUGGGACAUGUAUUCGUGGAUAUUACGACCAAGAAGAAGUAG